AGAAAUGAUUUCGAUUGUCGACUCUCGCGCUGUCGCGCACCAGAAGGCUUUUUCCAGAUCAUUAGUCUCUCUCUUUCUCUCUCUCUGCGUUUCCUUUUCUUUCUCUCUUUCCAUAUCCUUCCAAACAGAGGCAGCCGCAUUUCGCCGGAGAACGACCGGCUGAAAGAGAUAUAUAUAUAUAUAGAGAGAGAGAGAGCUAUGGCGGAAGAAGAACCAGAGCUCAACGGGGAGCAAAAGAAAGACAUUGCUAAAUGGUUUCUCCUCAACUCUCCCGCCGGUGAAAUCCAAUACGUUGCCAAAGAUUUGAAGAAGGUUUUGAACGAUGAUGAUGUGUACAACGAGGCGGCUUCGGAGGCGUUUCCUAUUUACAACAAAACACACAUGAUUCGCCUUGAAAUGCCUUGUAGAGCUGGGGAUGUGCUGAUUACAUCAUAUGGUGAACUUGAUAAGAAUGAGUUCCUUGAUCCCAGGACUGCCCAGGUGGCUAUUGUUGACCAUGUCAAACAGGUUUGUAAAGAGGCGAGACCUGCAACUGACGAGGAACUUCCAUCGCCAUACAUUGAGGAAUUUCGAUGUGCUCUGGAAGCAGAAAUGCUCAAGUAUGUUGCUGAAGCUUAUCCAAAAGGUUUCUGUUCAGUUUACUGUACUAAUGGAAAAGAUGUUGAGGAACCAGGAUCUAAUUUUGAGCUUGUUGUGGUGAUUUCUGCUGCUAGACAUAGCCCACAGAAUUUUUGCAAUGGAAAUUGGCGCUCAAUAUGGAACAUUGAGUUCAGAGAUGAUGAACAAAUGCUGGAAGUAAAAGGCAAACUGCAGGUGGGUGCACACUAUUUUGAAGAGGGAAAUGUACAGCUAGAAGCAAAGCAUGAAUGUAGAGACAGUACAAUAUUUCAGUCUCCUGAUGACUCUGCACUUACAAUAGCCAAUAUUGUUCGUCAACAUGAGACAGAGUACCUGGCAUCUCUUCAGGAAUCCUAUUCAAAAUUGCCAGAUGCUACUUUCAAGGAUCUGAGGAGGAAACUCCCUGUUACUCGGACCCUAUUUCCAUGGCACCACACUUCACAAUUCAGCUUGACAAGAGAGAUCUCAAAAGAAUUGGGAAUUGGAAAAUGAAUCUAUCAUGCUAAAGGUGCAACUGCACAAGCCGCUCAAGUAACAUAUCUUCAUGCCUGAAGUUGAGUUAGCAGUAUCCCCUCUGGCUGCUCCAUUUAAAAUUUUAAUACCAGUUCCUGGAGUUUACUGCUGUCUUUCAUUUAUCUGUCAUGGUCUCUAAAUUUUGGCAUGCAUUUCUGUACCAUUCAUUACUACUGUAUAGCCACAUUAUGAAUGCUUGUGAAAAUCUUUUGGUGAGCUUGUAAUUGUAUGCUGGGAAGAUUAUAGAUUUGACUUAUUGGCAUGAUUCUAACUUUAAAAAAGUGUUUAGCAAUUU